GGGGACCGCACUGUCCGCUGUGUAGCAGACCCGACGAGUCGAUGCCCGCAUCUUCGAGGAAAGCCACCUUCACUCACUAUGAGUACCACACCUGGACAGGAGUCCACAGCCCAGGGAGGGUUGCAGUCUGGCAGUGGGCAGAUUUUACCCUCCCAGCCUGUGCAGCCCACAUCUGACCCUGCAGCCUCUAAAAGAGUGUGCUUCUACAAAAGCGGGGACUACAAAUUCAGUGGCCAUCGUAUGAUCAUCACUGCUCGCACCUUCAAGACGUUUGACUCGCUGCUGGACGCUCUGUCCAAAAAAGUGCCUCUGCCGUUUGGCGUGAGAACCGUCACCACUCCGCGGGGGAUUCACCUUGUUAAAGCUUUAGAGGACUUACAGGACGGGGGAGCUUAUGUGUGUUCUGAUCAGAAACGGGUGAAGCCUCUAAACCUGGASGAGGUUACCCGGCGGCAGGUACCUUGGAACACAACCAGACCAGUAAGUGCAGGGAGACGGAAGCGCCAGGCGCUCCGACUGGGUCAGUUURGUAGAAGGAACGAUGCUGCCAGCAGGCCAGCCAAGAUCACUGACAGGGUGGCGGUACGGACUCCCAAGAAGCUUGAAGUUCUCAAAAACAGGGAUCCCACGGUUAAACGAACAAUUGUGCUGCAGAGAAGAACGGCGCCGACUUUCGAUGCUUUGCUGGAUUACCUGUCUCAGAUCCUCCAGUUUCCAGUGCUGAGACUCUACACUACAGACGGACGAAGAGUCGAUGGUCUUGCUUCUCUUAUCCUGUGCUCUGGAGUGGUUGUGGCUGCAGGCAAUGAGCCGUUCAGAUUAGGGAACUACAACUUCCAUAGAACAAGCCAGGCAGCUCARAUUCUGUUUGUGGAAAAUAUGGAACCAUCAACGACGCAGCACGGAGCUCAGCGAUUCAUCGUAAACCAGAUCAACAAGUCCCAGAAUGGCAGCUUGAACAGCUACCUUCACCAUCCCAGCGGGUCGGUGGACGCAGAAGUCCGUCAGCAUCGCUCACCYAUGGAAAUGUGUGAAACUGGACGGGGGGAUAACGAGCAGAAUGCUAGCAYUGUGCCUCAGGAUGAUGACGUCGAAAAGUCUUUCCGCGUGAAUCCAGAUGGCAGCAUGACAGUGGAGAUGAAAGUCCGCCUGACGAUUAAGGAGGAGGAGAUGCUYUACUGGACGACCACGCUCAGCCGCUCCAGCCUUAGCAAGAGGACGGUUUGUGCCGGUUCUGGGUCAGGAAACAACUCACCUGACUCCCACAACACUGUUGCCAAAGACUCCUCAAACAUUCAGGGGGACGAAACAAAAGAGAACUGCUACGAUGCAGCUGUUAGCUUCGACGAAAGCUACACGUCAACAACUUUGGGUAAAGCAAAAACAAGAUUCAAGCGCACUCCUACRCCGGGUCCUCGACAUGUUAACGAGAAGGCAUCUGUUGAGAAUGUAAAGGUGGUUACAGAAACAGAGGUUCAAGAGAGCACCACGGGACGUUACUCCUACAUGGAGAGGACUGAAGAUGGUGAGACCACGGAGGAGUACUGCAUUGUCCGACACAGCAGCAGCAGCAGCAGCAUGCCGAUUCCAAAACCUCGGAGAACAGCGUCGUCAGGAGGGAACAGCAAACGCUCCACUGUUAGAACAUCGGAGGUAGCUGAGGUCCUACAGAUACAGAAUGAUGGGAUGGAGGUUACAGAGACAGUGAUGCAUAUUUAUGAGAGUCAGGGCUGUUAUGACAACUACGUUGCAAAUGAGGAGUACAGUGUAGAUGGAGCAGAAAGCAAAACAUCCACUGACUUGAGGCCUCGCUCCUCCAGCAACGACUGUGAUAUAGAUUGUAACUGGCAGCCGCCCACUGCUGAGUCACUACAGAGGCAGAAAGAGGAGAUGCUUUCACUAUCAUCUGAGCCAGAAUCACUGGCACGUCAGGUUACAAACAAUCCAUCUUCGGUGACUGAGAGCGAAGCUGUCGACACACAAAUCACAGAGAAAGUGAAAACAGAUAAUACCCCUAAAAGCACUAAGAAGAAAAAGAUGAUGAAGCCAGCUGGGCAUCAAAGGAGCUCAGCUUCAGCAAGCAGCACAGAGAAGAAACACAAAGAAAUCAGUGCCUCCAAACAUAGUAAAACUUCAUCCACAGAUAAAUUGAGCAGCGAUGCCAGCGUCGGCAAAAAGAGCGUGAAUUCAUCGGAGAAAUCAAAAGCUGGUCUAAAAAACAAAGAAGCGGAAAAGAAAGCGGAAAAGUCUCAAUCUAAAAAAUCUGUCAAAGAUGAAAAGUUGCCCAAAAAGGAUUCAGCCUUAUUACUUCACUCGGGAAAUGGUAAAAUAACCUCUCCUAAGAGAAAAAGCACAAACAGAGCAGCAGCAAAAGAUAACGGCCAAAAUCUAAACAUGCCAACCACAAGACCUCAAAUGAGGAAGAACAUGUCRGACUUCUUACAAACAAAAAAAUCUCCCUCGUCAAGCGCAAAGGCGAUCAGCAGACCAAAAUCUCUAAAUGAAUGCAGACUAUCACCACCAAAAAUGAAUGUAGAAGUCAGCAGGAGUGAUUCGAUCCCUUCUCUCAAUCCCUCCCCUUCAGAAAUCCAUCAGUACGUUGAGAACUGGCUGGAAAACGUCAGCCCAGACCUGGUGCCGUACACUGAAGAGAUUGUCACAGAUGAAGCAGAGUCAAAGCCAAACGUUGUGUUUAAGAUCGGCGACGACUCUGAGUCGGAUGAAAUAACCCAACGCCAAACUAAUUUACAGACUAAUGUAGGGGAGGCCAUGAAGAAAUCCUCCUCUUGUCUGUCGGUUCCACUUUUCCAUGAAGGCCUGCCAACAUCUCUGCUGCACAGCGAGCAAAGGGCAAGAGGUUUAUGUGUCUCCAUGCCCAGCAUCAGAGCUGAUCCAGCARUCCUGGAAAACAGACUCAGGUCGCACAAAUCGGCGGAGGCGAUCGGCYCGGACGAUGGCGAAAUGUCUUCGCCUAACUUUUUAAGCCCCAAAGACACAAUAAAACCUGUCCUUCGGCAGCUUUGCUCAUCGAUCCAGUGCAUUAGAAGAUCGUCAACCAGCGACACGACAUCCGCUCUCCACAAUUCCAGCAGCCUUCCCAGUUUCUCCACACAAGUUGCCUCAGUGUUCGGCUCGUCGUGUAAAGCUUUCCUKUCGUUCUUGUCCAUAGUGUCUCUGAAAGACAGCCUGAAAGGCUCCACAUCAGGGGAGGGCAACCAGUCAAGAACCACGUCGGAGGCCAUGUUAAUGAUGGAGUCCCUGCAGAAGAUCUCCUCCAUCGAGGACGAGGACGAGCAGAGGGCGAGUCUGACCGAUUUGCAAAGCAGAGCAUCGUCUCAGUUCAGGGAGCGCUGGAAGGAUUUCCAGCUGCUCAGGGAAAGGCUGGAAAGUGAACCACUUUCGCCCAGAGUUUCGGAGACCGAGUUUGCGCUGGAUGUAGUCUCUGAAGGCGGGGAUCUGUUUGAGGAUCGGCAGUYGGGCAUCGACGAGCUGAUGGACGAGAUGAACCUGCCGCAAGAUCUCCGAGAGGAGAUUGCUUCAACAAUCCAACACACUAAAAGCUUUUAUCCUGUUGAGGAGAGCACGUUUGUUGAUACGAUUAAAAGCCAAUCAGACUCAGAGGACGAUGUGGAGCAAUUUAUUAGUGAAUACAAAAACRGAACAACACUUUCACCGGAGCUUCAAAGUGCAGCUGAGGACAUAAAUGAGACAAAACAGGAAGUAAAUGAAACAGAUGAAGCUCAGGAUGARCCAACAAAAGUUGAGGAAGAUGAGGUAGAAGAGAUAGUGCAGWUUGGGGAUUAUGGAGUUAUGGAAGACAUAAAAGAUUAUGAAAAGAAAGAGAUAGAAGAAUCAAAACAGGAAGAAGAUUUAGAGGAAGGAAAGGAAGAGAAGCAGGGCGAUGGGGAGGACGGGAAAUCAAGUGACCAGCAAUCUGUUGAGAAAAUAGAAGAAGGGACAGAAGAACAUACAACAGAGGAUGAGGAGGUCAUAAAGAACAGAUUAGAGGAARGAGGCAAAAAUGAAACUGGGGGGAAAGAUGAGGGAUCAGUGGAUGAGGAAARAGGAAAUGAAGAUACAGACGAGAGAGAGGGUGCUGAUGAGACAGUGGAAGAAAACAGCGAGGAAAGGGAUGAAGAUGAAGAAGAUGAAGCAGAAACUAUCACUGAGGGGCAACAGAAAGGAGAAGACUCUUAUGAAGAGGUAGGRGGAAACAGUGAGGGAGGGGAACAAGACGAUCAAGAUGAGGCAGGAAGUUUAAUCAGUGAGAGGCAGGAGGAGAAAGGAGAAACACCUGGUAAUGUGGAAGAGGAAGAACACAGUGGAGAAUCUGAGGAACAGCAACUGCAGGAUGAAGAUGAGACAGAAACCCUUACUAACAAGAGCGAGGUUGAGGAGGGAGAGGAUUUUUGUUGUGAGGUUGUGGAGGAGGAGGRAAACAGUGCAAAAGAACCUGAAGUAGAAACUUUAAUUCACGAGCGAGACGAAGAUUCUAGUGACGACAGAGAGGAUGAGAAAAACAAUGUAGAAGAAGGAUUUGAGGAGAAGGAAGUCUGCAAUGAAGACAGUGAGGCAGAAAGUACAACUWAUGAAAAGGAAAGGGAAGAAAGUUUUGUUGAACGCUCAGAGGAGGAAGUGCAAGAAAUCACAGAGGGAGCAAGGAACGUUGUUGAGGAGGAAGAAGAAGAAAACAUGGAGGAGAACAGAGAAACAGACAAGGAGGUCGUAGAUGAAGCUUUUGGGGAGGGAAAGGAGAAAWCACAGGAUGUUGUUGAGGCAAUAAGGCAUUUAACAAAGAGGGCCAGUGAGGGAAACAGUGACGAGGACGAGGAAGAAGCGAGUGAACAUCAAAAAAAUGAUAUCCAGAACUUUACAGAAGAAGAAAAAUGCGAUCAAGAUAUGGAUGAUGGGAGUGUUGAGGAGRAAGAAUCAGCAGAAGAAGAAUUAGAUAAACUGGAGGGUGAAGAAAACACAACAGUGCAGACGAGUAGAGAAGAAAGUCACGUAGAAACACGACUAGAAGUUGAGAGUGUUUCUGAGGACAGUUUAGUUGAUGAGAUUUGCAAAAACACUUUAGAAGAUGCCGAAGAAGCGAAUGUAGAACGUAACACUGAAUCCCCUUCUAAAUGCUCCUCUGAAGGCCUGUGUGAGGAUGACAAAGGUACAGAAACUGCUCCUGAAACAGACGAGGGAGGAGAUGAGCACGCAGAGAAAAGCAACAGUUUAUCUCAUCCCGUGGAAAUUUCCCAGGAAUUACUUGACUUUGUGAACGAUGCCCUCCAGUCUUACUCGCUGAUAUUCACAUAUGACCAUCAGGGGAAYGUUAGGAUAGUGCCUGACAAUGCUCGAGUCGUACAAACAAAACAAAGUAAGAUACCGAAAACCAGAAAAGAUACCAAUUACGGUACGAAAUGUCUUCCAAGCCCAAUCAUGUCUGAUUUGUCUGAUUACAGACCUGACUCAUCAGGGAGUGGUGGAUAUAAAACAGAGAAGUCAGUAGAUAUUGUCUCAGAAGAAGAGUCUUCAAAGAAACCUUCUUCAGUCGACUCUCAUUCGGCACACAUAAAUGGGAUAAUAAAGGUGAAACAAGCUGACUCAAAACGAUCGGAAGCCUUGCACAGCUCCCAAAUAAAAAGAAACGGGAGUUUUUUGUCCUAUGACACAGCUUCAAGGGAAGAUGUCUCUUAUGUCAGUGCUGCAAGCUCAUUAAGAGCAGACCCUGAAGCCGGAAUACAAAACCCACAACGCACCCCCUCUGCCCUCAGCAACAACUCAUCCGAUGGCGUUCUGAUCGACCGCGGGCGAUGGCUCCUAAAGGAGAACCAUCUCAUCAGAAAAUCUCCUCCAGUGUCCCUGGGCAUGUACGGUCAGUUGGACAGCACGUCCGUGGACACAGCUCAGGAGAACACGAGCGAGGACUCCCCGCCUUACACCAAAACCCAGCACGGUCCCCUCGCAGCCAUCUCCUCGUCAGAGCUCGAGGAGAUGGCGAGGCCUCAAAAUCCAAAGUGCACCUACUUCAACAUGCCUCACGGAAGCGACUCGGACCCGUUUUUAGACGACGCCAGCAUCAGGAGUGGGAAGCAAAACUCAGGCUGUGUGACAGGAAAAGGCUUCAGGGUGUCGCCAAACGUCGACACGUCCAAAACUUGGGCAAACAGGAAUGGCAGUCUGUCGUCGUUCACUUCAGUUGAGUUUAAAAUCCCUGACGGAAGAGUGCACCCUGAGGGGGGAUCCUCAGCUGUGAGACAGACAAGGAGGACAUCUAAUGGGGAACGAGGUGCACUGCAGUCUCAGGACUCUCUGGAAUCUCUGCAUUUGAGAUGUGGGCAGUACUGCCCCAUACUAUGA